AUGGAGUUGGAUGACGACCACAUCCAAGACAUAGCCGCAGCUUGUCUUACUGAGACAAAUUUUACGAUUUUGCAAUCUCCUGCUGGUGCUCUGUGCUUUUGUGGAAAACAGUUGUCCAACAGCUAUCUGAGCCGGCACUGGAAGACAUGCCCAAUUGCAAAGGCAUCAGAAGGCGCCAUCACUAAGGACAAAGUAAAAUACGUCUAUGAUGCUGAGCCCAAGCAAAUGAAGGGUUUUCUCUGUGUGCCAUGCGGGCAAAUUUACAAGAGUAAAAGCUCUUUUGCCAAGCAUUUUUGCGGUGGCAACGAGAUCAAGUGCACUACAUUGGUCCGGUGCCAGGGAAGUCUGAUGAGCUUUUGGAGGAGAGUUCAUGGCAAAAGCAAAAAGAAAAAGGGGUACAACAAGAUAUUUCUGCUGGGCCAUUACAAGAAGAAUUAUCGGAUGAGGCAAUUCUUUUAA